GACGAGACGACGACGACGACUAGCGACGAGGUACCCCUAGCUGGCUCGCUCCCCACCAGUGCUUCCCGAUCUCAUCGCGUGUGUUGGCAUUCCGUUGUCUAUUUGUCUCAGUGGGUGGGUCUCGACGGACGCGAGCGCUAAUCUUGGACCUAAUUUGUUCUUGCGGGAGCGGGUUGCCCGCCUCUAGGGAACGGGUUGGCUGAUUAGGGUUCUUCCUGGAUUGGCUGAGUUUCACCUGACCUUUGCACAUAUUAGGUUCUGUUAAAGCUAGCGCUUUAGUUUCUUUCUUGCUGCUCUCCGUUAAUUGGUGUGGUGAAUCCUUGGAGAAAUCGUUCGCCAUGUCGACGGCGCUCAAGGCCUUCCUCAACAGCCCCGUCGGCCCCAAGACCACCCACUUCUGGGGCCCCGUCGCAAACUGGGGUUUCGUCCUUGCGGGUUUGCUUGAUAUGAACAAACCUCCUGAAAUGAUAUCUGGCAAUAUGACAGCAGCCAUGUGCGUGUAUUCAGGACUGUUUAUGAGGUUCGCAUGGAUGGUGCAGCCGCGGAACUACUUGCUUCUGGCAUGCCAUGCAUCCAAUGAGUCAGUCCAGCUCUACCAGCUCUCUCGGUGGGCUAGGACCCAGGGGUAUCUGGAGAAGAAAGAACCAGAGGCUCAGCAGUAAAAGAAGUGUAUAAACCUGCAUUUACCUUCCCACCCAAUAAGAGUGAUCUGCAGCUGCAGUUUCGGAUGCUGAAUCUGGUAGACAAAUCCCAGAAAACAAAUUCUAUGCCAUACAUGUAGUCUUACAAGUGCCUUUCCCCCCAUUCUAUGGCGCUCCUAUCUCAGCAUCAAGUUUCUGAAGAUUGCGUUCAUGUCUCGUUUUUAUUUCUGAUUUGAUGGCUUAAAUACAAUCACAUGUUUGGAAAAUGAUGACCCCAUCCCCUGUUUGCUGGAAACACAUACAUGUGGUCUGCCCCCAGGCACUCCAUAGCCUCCACAUGUGAUAGUUUUCUGAAA